UAAAUCUUUCAAAACCCUAAUUUCCUUUAUCUCUCUCUGUCUAGAUCAAAAAAAAAAUUCGAAUUUUCAAAAUCCCGUUUUUGUGAAGUUUGAGUAGACGACGAUUCGGUUCCUGGGUUUAUUUUGGUUUUUGCAUAGAAACGGGAUUAAAGGGUGGAUUCAGAUCUUGAGAUAUUAGUGUUUUCUCAAGCUGAUUGAAUUGGUGAUUAUAAAUUUUGGGUCUUCUUUUAUUUCAAAUUUCGUUGGGGAAAAUUUCUGGGUUUUGUGUUUCAGAGAAAUUCGAAAUUAGUGGAGAUGGGAGAAGGUGAAGGAGAAGGAGACAAACUCCCGCCAGAAAAGGAAGAGAUUACACAAGACUCGAAGAAGUCGGCGAGGCAACUCGAUUUUACUGAUGUGGCGCUUCCACAGUCUAAUCAAGCUCCCGUCGCAUCAAUGGCUGUGACGGCUACGCGGCCUGUUACCAGUCAGGCACGACCGGUUAUUCCGAUUCCACCGCCGCAGGGGUUUCUUCACGUCCCAAUUCGACAUCCGAAGCCCGAGUCGCCGAAAUCUAAACCAAGGCCUGUGGGGGAAACUAGAGAUGGAACUCCUCAGAAGAAAAAACAGUGUAACUGUAAACACUCACGCUGCUUGAAGCUGUAUUGUGAAUGCUUUGCUUCCGGUACUUACUGUGAUGGUUGCAACUGUGUUAAUUGUUUCAACAACGUUGAAAAUGAACCAGCGAGACGAGAAGCUGUUAAUUCAACUCUGGAACGGAAUCCAAAUGCAUUUAAGCCUAAGAUUGCUAGCAGUCCACACGGCCGACGAGAUAACUGGGAGGUGGUUGGCGAAGUUGUGACGUCAGGGAAACACUACAAAGGCUGUCACUGCAAGAAAUCAGGAUGUCUUAAGAAGUAUUGUGAGUGCUUUCAAGCAAACAUUUUUUGUUCGGAGAACUGCAAAUGCUUGGACUGCAAAAAUUUUGAAGGAAGUGAAGAACGACAAUCGCUCUUUCACAGUGAUCAUUCCCACAACGUGGCUUAUCUCCAACACGUAAAUGCUGCCAUAACAGGAGCUAUUGGUUCCUCUGGCUUUGCAUCUGCUCCGGCUCCUAAGAGAAGGAAAGGUCAGGAGAUUAGCUUUAACCAAGGAACCAAAGAUUCAUCAACUCAUAGGCUUGGCCAGGCAAAUAAUGGAAGAACCACACCUUCAACAACUGGUUCUCGUACUGGAGGCAACACGUCGUUAGGCCCAUCCAAAGUUGUAUAUAGGUCUCUUUUGGCAGACAUAAUUCAACCGAAAAAUGUGCAAGCACUUUGUUCUACUCUGGUUGCUGUAGCUGGAGAAGUUGCAAAAGCAUUCACAAAAAAACGAUUAGCAGAUCAGAAAGAAACUUCCAUGUCUUCUUCUGUGCAAGAUCAAGGACAAGGCAAUAAUAAAGGUACCGAGGUUGAGAAAUCCGUGAGUGCAAAUCAAGCUGAGAAAUCUGGUCUAGAGGAUACCAAUUUUGGCUCCAAAGGGAGGUCACUAUCUCCAGAAACUUUGUCAUUGAUGUGUGAUGAACGGGACACUAUGUUAAUGGUUGCAGCUUCGCCUAAUUGUUCGGUGAAGCCUACCUCACAGCUACCUAACGGGCAAGACCAGGUCUAUGCAGAUCAGGAGAAAGUAGUAUUAAUCAAGUUCCGUGACUACCUUAACCGGAUCAUUUCGCAGGGAGGAAUAAAAGAAUCAAAUUGUUCUUUGUCAAGAACGAAUCUAGAUACAACACCUGUACACACUGCCGUCAAAAUCCAGCCAGUGGUUCAACAGGGACCAGUUGCAAAUGGAUUUUCUCAAACCAUAAAGCAGCCUUCCCAUCUAACAACAACAACACCAACGCCAACACCAACACCAACACCAACACCAACACCAGCACCAACACCAACACCAGCACCAGCACCAACUACAUCCUCACAAACCCAUCUUCAAAAAACUCCAUCUUUGUUUGAGACGAAGGACCUCUGAAUCAAUAUUUACUCCUUUAGGAAAAAUAACUUUACAGAAAUGCCAGCUGCAUCAACCUCCCCAUGCCUGAUCUACUAGGUAAAGCCACCAACACUCCUUUGUCUUCCUCUUACAUAUUCUAAAACAGAGGAGAGGUCGCAGCUUCAGCACAUUAGCAGGUCCUUAGAGAGUAUUACGAUAUAACUAUUUACACCAUUUUUAUUUUGUUAGGCAUUCUUCUUCUUUUCUUUUUUCCAAAUUCUUCUCUUUGAUCCAUAAGAGCUGUUCCUUUACAAAUUGUUGUCCCUAUUUGUGUACAUUGCCAUUUAUCAUUGGCAAUCACAGUGAUGUUUACUGUGGAACAUACAUGCUUUUCUCUGAUUUUGAUAUGUUUUAGGAACCUAUAGAAGAUCUGAUUUUACUUCUGCUUGAGAUUUGAAGAAUAAAUAAAAUAAAUCAAUUUUUUGGGUUU